CACCAUUUCUCAUAGAUAUAGAGCUUUAGAAAAGUUGAAGGCUUAUCUUGCCUCACAACAGGAGUAACCGAAGUUUUACUCAAACGGCAGACCUCCCUGAUCUGAAUGGCGAUCGUUCAAUUGUGCAACAGCGCGCAACAAUAAAAGAGAAAAUACAUCUAGACAUCAUUUAUUGUACAUUAAAUAUAGUGCACCAUGAUUCUAAGAAUAUUUAUGUAUGUACAUUCGGAGAACAUUCUUAUUACAACUUCUUUUCCUUGUCUUGGAUACUGUAUUCUCCCUCCUUUUGAGCAGAAGCCUUAUCCUUCAUUUGUUCGGCUUGGAACAUUUUUUGAAGCUUUGCGUUCUCUCCGGCGUCCAUACCAAUGAUAGGGAGAGGUGGGAGCUGUUGAGCGUUUUGUUGUUGGUCUGCUUUGUCAGUUUGGUUUUUAUCCAUUGUGUGUAAAGGAAAGAGAAAUGAAGAGUAAAAACGGAUGAUUGAAAUGGGGAAAUUUAUACCCUGCUAACCGCGUG